AUGUGUCGUCAUAUAAGUAAUAGAGAUAGUAUCUUUGGCCAACCAAUUGUAGGAUCAAGGGCCAAGAUGAAGAGUAGCAUCUACUCUUCUUCGAGUAUAGAGUCGAUUCUCAGUAGUCCAAUUGACAAGGAGGAAAACAUACUAAACAGCAGCGACGAUAAUAGCAUAGACAGCGGUAGAAUGUCGCCUUGUUGCAGCUCGUGCAAAGCAAAUGGAAAUCAUCUCAUUGGAAAGUGUAAUUCACCACCAUCUUCUCCGACCCCAUCUCUUCCAUCUUCUGCCUUGACUUCACCAAAUCAUACAACUACAUUUUCCUUUAACUCUUCAUCGUCGUCGUCGUCGUCGUCGGUCAUGAGCUUAAACAGCAGUAGUGGUAGUAGCAGUAGCAGCAGUAGCAAUAAUAGUAUGAACAACAUCCUAAACCCAUCAAAUACAAACGCUCAUCUACCACCAAAUAUGAUUAGACCACGUAGCUCGAGCAACAGCAGUAGUGGCAGCGGCAGUGGUGGUUCAGGUUCAGUAUCCAAUAUUAUCAGCGCAGGUGGUGCAGUUGCCAAUAUUAUCAAUGGCAACAAACUACCAUCCAUCACAUCGAUCAUGGUCAACAAUAAGGAUGUUGGUAUCGUCCUGGAAUCACCAAGACCCAACAGCAACAACAACAUUGGUUGUACGACAAACAAUACAGUUGGGUUCCACCCAAACAAUUGGAUUUCUCCCCAACCAUCACCACCAUCUACACCAAAUGAUACUAGUGUCAAGUUGAACGAACGUGGUAGUGGUAGUAGCGGUGGAGGCGGUAGUGGUGCUGGUCACUCUCCAUACUCUUCUUCACCACGAUCAUCAGCUGCCAACAACAUCUACCAUUCAUCGGAUAUGGUCGAACAGGCACCACACCAAACCUAUGAACCAUCCAAACGAACUUCAGUUGCUGGUUCAUCAUCUGGAUCAUCUAUAUCCUCUUUAAACAAUGGAUCUUCAUUGUCUUCGUUAAAUGGGUCAUCGUCAUUGUCUUCUAUAACUGGGUCAUCGUCGUUGUCUUCUAUAAAUGGAUCGGCAUUAUCCUCUUUAAAUGGGUCAACUCUGGCCUCAUUAUCUUCGCUCUCAUCAAAUUCCUCUGAAAGAUCAUUCAAAUACGUAAAGACUGACCAUCUAAAUGUCUCGUCUCAGAAUGGUUAUGAGGCAACGACAACAAAAGAACAAAAGAAGGGAAAUGGUAUCGUCACACCAUCUUCAUCAACCUAUUCUCUUUAUGAACAACAAUCGCAACAACAACAACAACAACAACAAUACUAUGAUUUCCAACCAGAAUCUCCGCCAAACCAACAUAUCAUUAGCUCUAGCAUGGUUUACCACCCAAGCAGCAGUAGUAGCAAUAGAGAUGAUGAUGAUGAUUAUGAACCUGUACAGAAUAACAACAACAACAACAAUAACCCAUAUAACAUAUCACCAUCUUCACAUAGUUCACCAAAUACACCACUCCAAACCACUGCCAAAUUAAUUACCUCUAACAAAAGAAAUCACAACAAUAACAACAAUGGCGGUAACAAUAACAACUGUAAUAAUAAUAAUAAUUCACAACUGACAGAUACAUCUGAUGACAGUAGUGAUGACAUUGCAAAGAUUGAGCUUCAACAAAGCACCAACAUUACUAAUGGUCUAUCCAUUUUCAAGGUUGCCUUGGACCCAGAGAAUGAACUCUUGGAUGUAUAUAAUAGAUUUAAAGUACCUCAACAAAGAAACAAAUUAAUUACUAAAACUGGCAAUUCAAGUAUUAUCAACAAUAAUACUUCUUCUUCUACACCUUCCAGCCGAAACGAUAUCAAUUCAAAUAAUCAAACCAAUUUUACAACUCUACAUGGAAACAGUAGUAAUACUUUUCAACAACAAAAUGUUUUAAAUCAUUAUCCAUUGUCAUCGUCGUCUUUCCAUCAUCAAGCACCACCAAGCCAAUAUUUUCAUCCCUAUCAACAUCAACAACAAAGAUUUAAACACGAAAAUAAUUAUAGUUAA